CCUACAUAAAUCUUCAAUCAACUCCUACGAUCAGUGACACCCUCGAUCAUUCUACCAUAGGCUGCAGCAUGACACAAGCGCUACCCCAUCUCUGAACCUACCUCUGUCCUAGAUCCUAUCAUGGUUUCCACCCCAAUGGAUCACACUAUAUCCACCUUACCCCGGGAGAUAUUCUGGAUGAUCCUGGACUGUUUAGAACCUCGAGAUGUGAUCCGGUGUCGCAGUAUCUCUCGCUUCUGGAACGAAGCCUUCAGAGACCCUGCUAACCUGGUUCCGUUGAUACGGAAAUGGUUUCCGUUGGCGAAGGAAGUUCGGGAGCUAGUACAUAACCAGACUCUGGAUACUGAGUGUACGAACGUCUAUGAUGAUAGUGAUUACUGGUGCCAGAUGUUCGACUGUAUCGCUUGCAGAUACGACCAUCUCGCUCGGGGCAAACCCAAAUCCACCCAGAAGUUCAAACUGAGCGAUCACUUCGGCGCCUCUGGCGAGAGAAAGUGGUUCCCGGUGCAGCCGUGGGAAAACCAUGCUAGUCACUUGAUGCAAAAAGUCGAUGAUCUCUUUUUUGAGUCCUCGUGGACCUAUGAGGAUGGCCUUCUGGUGUUUUUAAGCGCAGACCAUUGCUGUCUGGUGCUUGUGGAUUUGGAGACGGAUAGGAGCUUCAUGGUCCCGUUUAUUAUCGGAGGGAAGGUGAUACGAAGAGCUCGUCUACAGAAACGGGUUCUUGUAGUUGAGUGGGCAGAACCGAAAGCAUUCCACUGGUUGAAUGAUUCGGACGGGGUACAUCGCCAUUUUGCCUCGUCGUUUGACGUGGAGGAAGACUCGACCGGUGGAUGGAGAGUGAUACCUCGAAACGAAUGGAAGAUCAUGUUCCUCGGUCACCCACUUAGCGAAAGAGAUCGAUUCUUUUCGUCCCACAGCAAAACCCAUUACGUGAUAUACAUAUGGCAGCCGAAUCGCAGCUUAUACACCGCAGACGACGACGCACCCAUCGAAUCACUCAUGGUAUGGAAUAUCUCUCAGCCAUCUUCAUACCGACCAUCUCUAGACCCGACAGGCUGCCUACGAGUCCCCAGUCAAGACACAGGCCCGGAACAAGUCACACGCCUAGGCUUCAGAGAACUAGGCUUCUUCUCCGUACGACAGCGCGGCCUCCCAGCUAUCCAACGACUAGAAGUCACAGAUGAUGCACUAGCAAUCGAAAUAACUGAGACCAUUUGCACAGGGCCAAUGGACAGACUCGUUGGCCCGGCAGAAUGGACCUCGGAAGUGCAAAUCACUAGUAUCCCCUUAACCGGCGAAGGACCCUGUCUAAGACAAACAAUAACAGACGUCAAGUUCCCUCCCUAUCGGGGAAGUAACGGCUUACAAAUGAAGCCACUUGAGUUUGCCGCUUGUGAUGGGCCUUGGUAUACAAUUGUUUCGGAGGCGAUUGAUGAACAAGCUCAAGUGGGGUUCUGCCUUCAUUUGAGUCCGUUUGCGUGGCCUUUUGUUUUGAGUGAGUUUUUAAGCGUGAGGACUCCGUCUUCAAGCGUUACUGUGAAGCCUGAAGAUAUAUAUGAGAUUACGGGUAGGGGCAGUGUUUGUGGGAAUGAGAGGUAUCUGAUCGGGGAGAAUAGGAAUCGUGAGCUUGUUGUGUUUAGAUUUGAUAAAUAGAACAUACCCUAGUAUUUAGACUUGAUGAAGAAAUUGAAAUUUUAGGUAACUGAAUACUGACCUAUUGUGGACUAUC